AUGGUAGCGAAAGUUGGGAGUAGAUAUUUGAAUGAGGGACCCAAGGCUUCCAUUACGUUGACGACGGGGUCGACGGCGGAUAAGCCGGCGGUGGGAUGGAGUGUGUUUUCAAGUUAUGCGGCGGGGUUGCAUGGGAUGGCUAGGGCGUUGGCGGUGGAAUUGGCACCUGUGAGGGUUAAUGUUGUGAGUCCGGGUCCGGUGAAGACGGAAUUGUGGGAGGGAUUUGGGGAGGAGCUGAAAACGGCGAUUUUUGAGGAGAUGGAAAAGAAGCUUUUGACGAGGCAUGUUGCGUUGCCGGAAGAGAUUGCAGAGUCGUAUUUGUGGUUGAUGAAGGAUAGUAGUGUGACGGGAACGGUUGUGAGAUCGGAUUCUGCGACUUUUCGAAAGUUGAGAGCUCAAGUCCCGAAGUUGUGGAUUGGCCAUGAGCUAGUGCUUUCACAAGUUGAUCUUGAAGGAAAGUUAUCCACUAAACCACCUUCUUGA